AUGAUGCGACCAGACAACAAAGGCCGAAGUGCAUCUCCUCAUAGGAUAACGUAUAAAUCAGACUUUCAUACCAUCAAAUGCUCAUUUGACACUGGGGUUAGUCUACAGCCAAGGACCAAAGCAGCAGCUGCCAUCCAGGGCUCUGCAGCACAUCUAAACGUGCUGCUGUCCAACCUGACGGAUUCCACAGCGCCCAACGCCAGUAACAGCCGAGGUCGGAUCCAAAGCACCAGGGGGCCCAAGCUCCGACAGAACAUUUUCCUUCAAAUGGACAACCAGCAGUCAAGGCAAGAUGGUGCUCCAGUCCUGAGUUCUGGCUCCACACCUUUCCUUGCUCCAUCAAAGCCUGGCUUCCAGCUCCACAGUUCACCUUUCUCUAUACCCAGAUGCUCAGUCGCCAGCUCCUCAUCUGUAAUGAGCAGUGUGACCAGCGUUUCUUCCUCAGAAACGCCACUGCGAGGCAAACUGUCCAGAGCAGAGGAAAUAGGAGAUAUUGACAGAGUUGCUCUAGCUCAGAGGUUUUCUGUAGCCCGGAGGUUGUUUGAGGCCAAGAUGGUGGAGGGUGGAAGUUGUGGAGGACAGUCUGUAAAACCUCUGAUUGGCAGGGGAGGUGUGGAGGCUGCAGAUGGGAGGAGGGAAGAGGAGCAAGAGGCAAGUGGGAAAACGAGGUGCACAGAGGAGGACGAGUCAGAGAAGGAUAAAUCCAUAAACCAUAUUUUAAAUGUUUCCACACUGACGCCAUCACUGACAAGGUACCCUAAAUCUACACUGAACGGCUCUGGUGAAGCACACGACAGAUACGAUAAAACCACAGAUUUACCAACUGUGGUUGAGAGGGGAGAUGGAGCAACUCUUAACUCCUGCUUGUCUUCUGAGGAAUCGCUGAGGGCAGAACUCGUCGAUUUAAAGAAUGAUUCUUCCGAGAGUGAUGAGAAUGAGGAAGAAAAGGUGUGGAAAGAGGUGGGCACACAGUGGAUAAGGAGCAUGCGCAAAGCUGAUGGAAAACGUGUGGAGGCUCUAAUUGACAGUGUUUUUGAGGAAACACCCAGGCUUCUGAAGAGUGUGGCGCUCAGAGCAGGAGAAGAUGGUUCAGUCAUUUCUUCAGAGGACAUGCAAAGAAACGGACUCACUGAGGAUGGUGAAGGCAGAAGAGACGAGUAUCAGCAGGUUCGUGAAGAAUGGGAAGGUAAGAGAGAGGAGCAGAGCAGACACUUUCCUGUGCAAGAUAAGUCAAUGGAAGAAAGAGACGGCAUGGAGAAAAAGACACAUGCUGGAUCAGGAGAUGGUGUCAGGUUGGAGAAGAUUCUGAUCCGAGAGGUAAAUGUUGACAAGGAUGUUAAAGAAAACGUACAGCAUGAAGAUGGAGACGAUGAAUCAAGGCGGUGUCAAAAAGGGGCAAGACGAGAAGGUCAAAGUGUGAGAGAAACAGGAACGCCAGAGCUUGUCCCUGAUGAGGUGAAACAUGUGGCAAUCAGAGGAGGUGGUGAGGGAAAUUAUUGUACUUUAGAAGGUAAAGAGGACCAAACGUUAAUCUCUGGGAUUGAGAAUAAAGCUUUUGUGUACAAUCAAGAUUCCCAGUCCCACAUAAAGCUUUCAGAACCCUUAAGGCUGGAAGAAAAAAGCUCCCUGCAGAGAGAUGAUCGACUAUUAGUGGGAUACGAGGAAAUUCCUGGUGUGCCUGAACUGGAGGGUCAUGAUCAGGAUGGAUCUGAGGCUGCGAAGAGGAAGGUCCGGUUCUCCACAACUCCUAUCAAGGUGUACAGCAUGUAUUCCAACGCCGAGUAUAACAGAUGCAACGAGGACAUCGACCCAGUGUCUGCUUCAGCUGAGUUUGAGCUGGAAAAGAGAGUGGAAAGGAUGGAUGUCUUUCCAGUGGAAAUAGAAAAAGGAGAGGAUGGACUGGGCAUCAGUAUCAUAGGAAUGGGUGUGGGGGCUGACCAGGGACUGGAAAAACUGGGAAUCUUUGUCAAGACAAUCACUGAAGGAGGAGCAACACACAAGGAUGGAAGGAUUCAGGUGAACGAUCAGAUCGUGGAGGUGGAUGGUGAGAGUCUGGUUGGAGUUUCUCAACUGUUUGCAGCCACAGUUCUCAAGAACACGUCGGGCUUCGCCAAGUUUCUGAUUGGUCGAGAGAAGGAAGGGGUGGAGAGCGAGGUGGCCCGAUUGAUCAAUGAAAGCCUGGAAAUGGAAAAAACAAAGGGAGAGAGCCGAAGCAGUGGAGAUGAGGGCGACAGUGACAACAUGUCAGAGACGGACUCAGUCUUUGGAGAGGAAGAAGAGGGCGAUGAUGAGGAGGAAGAUGUGUCCGCUCUGUCCAGUCUUGAAAACUACGAACUCUGUCUGAAAUACCAGCAGCUUCAGUCAAAAUUACGCAGCAGAACGACUCAUCUUCUCUGCAGCAGAGAGAAGUUUAAAGCCUUGGAGAAGCAGCAGGCCCGCUGGCAGAGCCAGAAGGCCGAGUUGGAGCAAAGAGCUCGAGAUGGAGAGCAGAGAGCUGACAAACUGGAGAGUUACUGGCAGGAGGCCCAGACUCUGUGCGGAGUUGUGAGCCAGCGAUUAGCCGAUGCCCAGAGCCAAACGGAGAGCCUGGAGAACAAAUACAGCAAGGCCAAAAGACUGGUCAGAGAGUAUCAGAGCAGGGAAGAAGAGAGGGAGAAAGAACUGGUCGAUUUGAGGAGAGAAAUGGACGAGAAAGACAAGCGGCAUAGGGAGACUGUUGAACGGCUGCACAUCCAGAUGGCACAACUAGAGAGAAAAGAGGCUGAUCCUGAGAGGAAGAACCGCUCUGUGAACCCUUCAGUCACAGACUGGUAUGUUCCAGUUCCUGAUACGGGCCGUUUGGACUCUAGCGCUCACAUAGCCAGAGCUCAGCUAGCUCAGAAAUCAAAGCGCCACCCGCCUUCACGAGAAAAGCUCAGGGAGAGCUUCAAAAACCAGCAGCAGGAAGUUGUCCUUCAGCAGCAGGACAGCCAGUCUCUGCCAGCGUACACCAUGGUCCAAAGAAACAGGAGUGAUCUGUCCAGCUUGUCUUCGUUCCCAACGUUCAACCCUCAGAGCACCACCAGUUCCCUGCUAACCCCUCCUGUUUUCAUCAAUCAUACCGUUACCCCCUCGCUGUGCAAAUCUGCAGCAUCCAGAAAAUCUAAAAAGAAAUUUCCAAACUUCAGUGGCCUUCGUAAGUCUCUCGGCAAAAGGAGAAGUGAAAAACGCAGCAGAACAUCCACCAACAGCAGGGGAUCGUGUGGCGUCCUGAUAGAUGAGCCCGCUGAGGUUUCUCCAUCAGGCUCGGUCACCUCUAUGCCUUCCUGCCUGUCUCUUCCCUGGUUUGGAGACAGAGGGAGAGAAAAGGAGAAGGAAGAGGAGGAGAACAGCAGAGUGAGGUUGCGCUCUGUGUCCAGCAACAGUUUGCCUUACCUUACCACGACUAGAAGAGAUCAAAGCAUUGGCUCUCCUGUGGGCUGCUCCAGCAUGGUGGGUCAUGUCUCUGAUCAUUCCCUCUCUGGAAACUCUCACACUUGCACCUUUUCUUCCUCAGAGACUUUGGACAAUUUUCAAUUUCCCAACAAUAACAAUCAGUGGCAGGGCCGCCCUGUGUCGGAGUGGAAGGUCCAGCAGGUGUGUCUGUGGUUAAUUGACCUGAACAUGGAUCAGUACACAUCUGAGUUCGCUGCCAAAGGAGUGGAUGGAGCGCAGCUUCUAAGUAUGGACAGUCAGAAACUCAAGGCUCUUGGUGUUUCCAGUCAAAGUGAUCGAUCCGUCCUCAAGAAGAAGCUGAAGGAUAUGAGACGAGAGGAGAAGGAACAGAAAAAGGACAAGAAGCUAAAGGAAGGCAAAGACAAAGUGAGGCCGAGUGAGCAAUCCAUGAAAGAUGUUGGAAGCAGUUUCAAAACUGUCAGAACAGAGUCGCUUUUAUAAAACGAAACGCAGAGGAACCACCAGCAUUGUGCGUGUGCACGUUGACGCACACAAAUUUUCUCUUUUUAUGUCCAUUUUUUUAUAUACAGGCAGACGGUUGGGGUCAAACGGAUCUUCCAGCACCAAAAAUCAAACUGUACGUUUGUCAUUAGACGUAUGAGAAUUACCCGUCGGUUGUUUUUAAUGAUUACCUUUUUAAUUUAUCCUGUGAACGAUUUUAAC